UAUUUCUAAUUUACAAUUAUUUUCCGUGGAUAAUAUAAUUCUUGUUUCUAUUUUUCAGUUGUGCAGAUGAUAUUAGACGAUUGUUUCGGUGAUGACUGUAGCACGAGACUGAUGGCUUGAUCAGGCGCUGUCCUCGGUGGAUGGACGGUGAUGUGGGCGGUCGGCGGUCCGGGCUGCUCUUCAACUUGGUGGGCAAUGUCCUUGGAUUCCCGGUGUCCGGCGCGCGGUGGUACGGGCUGUCCCUCUACCUGAUGGAUGUCGUCCUCGGCCUGGCGGAUGAUGUCGACUGGUUCCUCUCGGCGUUCGGCGGGGUGCGGCGCGACUCCAGUCUUGACAUUCUCGGCGGGUUGGUUUUCCAUACAUGUGUUAUGUUCGCUUGCUUGUUUGACUUUAACCACCUUUAUUGUAUCCUUCUCCACAUGUAUAUGUUUCUUAAUGCUGACUUCGACGCUGACUACCUUCGCAUGCAUAUCUUGUGAUAACUGAUCCAAUCGGUUAUUCGUUUCUGAAAUGGAUUUAUCCAGACGCUCAGUUAAUUUUUUGAUGGUAUUAUCGGUAUCAUGGAAUGCUUUGUCCAUUCGCUGACUCAACUUCUCCAAACCCUGUUCGUUUACCUUCUUUACUUCUUGAACUUCCUUUUUUAAUUCUUCCUUUGUUUGCUUGUUGUCCUUCUUUAUUUCUUGGAUUUCCUUCUUUAACUCUUCCUUUGUUGCUGAAGAACUUUGUUUUAUUGCUUCAUUUGUUUGUUUGUUUCCUUUCUCUAUCUUACUGGUUAUU